CGCGCAUUCACACAGGUCAGUAAGACCGGUGUGACACAAUGCCACCUACAGUAAAUGGAAUCGGAUAACGAAAUUCACGGUCUACCAAACAUAAACCAAUUACUUCUGCAUCAAAGAAGAUUAUGUGGGAGACUGUCUCUUCCAUUUUCAAUGUGAGGGCAGAGUAUCCGAGGGAAUGUAUUGUCCUGCAGAAAAAGUGGGACAAUCUGGUACAGACCCACAGGGCCAAAUAUCAAGACCAUCUGUUGGCACAAAACAGAACAGGUGGGGGAGCUGUCAACACUGUCCUAGGGCCUGUAACAGAGGCAAUCAUUGACGUUGUGGGCAGAGGUUCAUCCAACAUUGUUGGAAUUGGCGAACACACAUUGGACAGCGGGUUCCUUCAACUGGAUGCAUUUGAUGCAUUUGGCGAUAGUCCUGGGGCGUCACAAGGAACACAAACAUCUUCUGCAGUCCAUCUGACAACUGCAGCGCUAAACAGUUUUAAUCGUCCUUCGCCAGUUACUGGUAGUGCAUCGGCAACCUUUGCGAAUGAUGACACAAGUAAUGCUACAAUAGAAACUGUCUGCUGCAGUUGCGGUUGCCACACUCGAGUUAAAAAACUCAAAGAAGAAAAAUUAAUCCUACAAAUAAAACUUCUAAAGAAGCAGCUAAAGCAUGAGGAAUGAAGUUGAAUUUGUGGCACAUUUAUUAACUUUGUUAUGAACUUUUUGAUAUUUAAAGGGGCAUAUCAAUGGCCACAACAGCAUUUCAUAAUCAGAAAUAAAUUGUUACAUAAAAGAACUUAUUUCUUAUAACACUGAUUUGGUAAUGAUAAAUAUUCUCUAUAUGUAUUUUAAUAAUUAUAACCGGUUUUCCCCGGACACUUUUCGCACUUGCUGGAAAAUCGUAAUAGUUGAAUAUUUAAGUUAUGAUAAAAUGUACAUACGUAUUACAAAAUGCGCAUGCUCAGUGACAAUUAUAGACAUUUAACAUUACUUCGGUGUAGAAAAAACUCAUCCAAGCUUGUGAGUUCUAAGUUUAGACCAUUGGGUCCAUGUUGGGAACAAUAUUUUAGGCUUUAGCUAUAUUUUUUCUUAACAAUUUCACCAAGCAAGUAUUGUUCCUCACGAUUUAUAAUCAUAAAAAAAGGAACUUUAAAUUUAACUAUAAAAAAAAAUACUGAAGAUAUGCCCCUUUAAUGCAGCAUCAAAAAAUAAACUGUUGAACAUGUUACCAUUAUGUUAUUAUUUGCUGCUGUAUAUUUGUUACCAAUAACCUGUAAUAUUUUUAUUUAAUAGUGGCCAAGGCUUGUGUGUCUAGUUUUCUAAGCCUCACAUGAAACUUCAAAUAAUAUCUAAAAGUAUGUAUUAGCAAUUUGAUCCCGGUAUCGCAGUCCAUUUUGUGCAACUCCUGCAUUCAUAUUGUUGUUAUCAUCGUUCUGAUCAUCUUCCUGUAUUACUGGAUAAUCAUCAGGUAUGGGAAUGUUCAGGUCUUUGCAGAUGUUAUGCAACACUGCACAGGAGAUGAUAAUCCUUAAAUUAAUUAAAAAAACAACUGAUUGUUUGCCAUGUUGCAAUAGUUUACAGUAAGCACAGUGUUUGCAUUACAAACUUGUUGGCUGUGUAUACAAAAAGAUAUUUAACUGAUGUAUUUAUUUUUUCCUUGCAUUUUUCACAUGUGAACAGUGUUGUUGUCACAUAUCCAGCACUAAGUAUAUUAUGUAUUAGCAGUAUUUACUUAAGUUACAAAACUUAUUUUAAAUGUUUUCUUCUAGCUUUUGGCUAUGCAAUAUUUAUUUUAGUUUAUUUCACAGCUUCUUACUUGCAGACUCUUUCUGGUUUCAUUCUAACUUCACCAUGUAACACACCCCACCUUCUUUUCAGUUGUCCGAUUCCUCUUUCUACUUUUGCCCGUGUAAUCUUCAAUGAUCUGUUUCAACAUAAUAUUAAAAAUAAAAGAGUUUUAAUUACUUAACUUAUGUAUGUCUAGAAAGUAAUAUAAAUUAAUCUGUAUGUACACAUGUAAAGAAGCAAGUUACAAAUGUACUAUAAAUCUGUUUUACAUGGUUAUAAAACUUAUUACAUGCAAGAAAAUGUUUUUGUAAACAGAGCAAAAUACAUAUGUAAAAAAACUAAUUAAACUCCAUUAUUGGUAGGUACUGUUUUUUUCUUCAUCAAGAUACUUUACCAUUACAACCUAUUGAUUUGAUUUAAUAUUUACACAUUGAAGCACUAAUUAAUUUAAACUUUCAAUCUUCACAUUCCUAAGAAAAUUCAUCUGCUUUUUAUUGCGCUAUAUAAAAUUAUUCAUGCAGAUGUGUUAGAAAUAACUGUUUUGUCAAUAAAUUGUAUGCACACUUAAAUAAAUUAUAUUGUUAUAA